GCACACACUUUUGCCCUCAACUCAAAUUAGACAAAAAUGCAGUUUGUCCAACUGGUGUUGCCGUAUAAUCUCCAACGCAGCUGCGUGUACGGUUUGUGUAACCGCAGGAGCUUUACUAAACACAUCGUCCUAUUGAAUUAGCAAUUGAAAAGCACGUGGUGAAACCUCAACACAGCACGGCAAGCCUUAUUUUACCAGAAUAAUACAUGCAAUAAUCUUCGUGUCCGGAUAAAUUCGUCACAGUGCACGUCAAAAGCUUCUCGGGCUAGCCUAGCCUAGCUUAGCUUGCUGGCCGCUAACAGACACGUACGCCUUUGUUAACAACACGUGCUCUGCAGAGAUCCAGUGUGACCGUCAUCGUGUGGGAGGAAAAAAUGAGUGCAAAAAAUGUGAAAGAAGAAAAGUACGAGGAGGAACUUUCGGGCACAAAAGAGGGGAACGAGCGACAAGGUCAACAAUUGGACGCAGGUUUCAAGCAGCCUCGAGAUGUGUCACACACAGCAGACAUCAGUGAAACAUGUCCUUGUCCUGUGCAACAGAAGCAAGAGUACCCUCACAUAAAACAGGAUGAGGAGCCAGAUCCCACCCAUGUAAAAGAGGAAAAGGAGCCAAAGCCCCCCCAAAUUAAGGAGGAAGAGCAGGAGACUGAUAUCACCAAGUUUCAAUAUACUGGUGUCUUUGUGAAGAGUGAACAUGAUGAAGACCAAGGUCCAUGUGAGGAGAAAAGAGGGGCGGCGCCUCCAAGCAGCAGCUCAAAUCAACGCAUGAUACCAGAAGGGGACGGAGACCACUGUGGAGAAGAAACACAAGCAGAUAGCAUCUUUGCUCCACUUUCAGAUUGCGAUGACAUGUCACACUCUACUGAAACUGAUGAAGAUGAACACCCGAAAGAGGUCAAUGAAGAAUAUCUUCUUCUUGGGCAACAGGAGCCACAGUCUCCUCACAUUAAAGAAGAAGAGGAAGAGCCAUUCAGUUUUAAAGUGGAAGAGAAGCCUGAGCCACCUAACGUUAACGAGGAAGAUGAGAUAAAGCCCUCCUAUAUCAAAGAAGAACAGGAGCCCGAGUCCUCCUACAUCAAGGAGGAAAAAGAGCCCGAGCCCCCCUACGUUAAAGAGGAAGCGGAAGAGGAGCAUAUCACCAAGUUGCCAUUGAAUGGCGCCCCUUUGAAGAGUGAAUAUUAUGAAGACAAAGUUCGAAAUGAGGAGAACAGAGCGGCAGAGCCUACAAGCAGCAGCCCAAGUCAAUACGUGACAAAUGAAGGUGAUGGAGACCACUGUGGAGGAUCACAAGCAGACGGACUCUUAGCUCCACAAUCAGACAGUGACGACAUAACGUCACAUUCUUCUGACACUGACGACGAUGAACACUCGAAAGGUGACACGACGUGUCGCGCAAUCAACACAGACUGUAAAUGCUCCGAGUGUGGGAAAACAUUGAAUUCAAAAUGGGGGUUUAAAAUACACAUGAGAACACACACUGGAGAGAAACCUUAUGCCUGCUCCGUUUGCGGUAAAACCUUUGCUGUAAAGCAUAGUUUAACAAAUCACACAAGAACACACACGGGAGAUAAACCAUUUUCCUGUUCAGUUUGUGCCAAAAGCUUCACUGUAAUGUCAGGUUUAAAAACUCACACAAGAACGCACACAGGAGAGAAACCAUUUUCCUGUUCAGUUUGUGGUCAAAGAUUCUCACUAAAAGCACAUUUAAAAAGACACCUGAGAACACACACUGGAGAGAAGCCUUUUGCCUGCUCGGUUUGUGGUAAAAGUUUCUCGGUAAAAGACCAUUUAACAAGACACACAAGAACACACACUGAUGAGAAAUCUUUUGCUUGCUCAGAUUGCGGAAAAAAAUUCAAUCGGGAGGAAUAUUUGAAAUUACACUCAAGAACACAUUCGGGAGAGAAACCUUUUGCCUGCGCGUUCUGCGAUAAACGAUUCACUCAGAAGGCACAAUUAAACGUCCACACAACAACACACACCGGAGAAAAACAUUUUGCAUGCUCAGUUUGUUGUAAAAGCUUCUCUGAUAAGAGAAGUUUAAUUUGUCACAUAAGAACACACACUGGACAGAAACCAUUUUCCUGUUCAGUCUGUGGUAAAAAAUUCUCUCUUAUGAAAAAUUUAAAAACCCACACAAUAACACAUACGGGUGAAAAACCUUUCGCUUGCUCAGUUUGUGAUAAAAGAUUCUCUCUAAAUCAAACUUUAAAAACACACAAAAGUACACACACUGACGAGAAAGCGUUUGCCUGCUCAGUUUGUGGUAAAAGAUUCACCCGCAUGGCACUGUUAAACAUUCACACAACAACACAUACUGGAGAUAAACCAUUUGCGUGCUCAGUUUGUGGUAAAAAAUACACGCGAAAGGCAAGAUUAAACGUCCACACAAGAGCACACACUGGAAAGAAACCUCUUGCCUGAAACAUUACUUGCAGUGAUGCAGUAGUUCAGUAUUGGUUAGACACAGUGGCAGGGCCAGCCCUAUUUUGGGUGGGCUUGUGCCCACCCAAAAAUCAGUUCAGAAAUGAGCAAGUUUUGACUUCAUUUCAAUGUUAGCCGGGCUGCUACAGUUUUUAUAUCUACAACCCCAAUUCCAAUGAAGUUGGGACGUUGUGUUAAACAUAAAUUAAAACAGAAUACAAUGAUUUGCAAAUCAUGUUCAACCUAUAUUUAAUCAAAUACACUACAAAGACGAGAUAUUUAAUGUUCAAACUAAUAAACUUUAUUGUUUUUAGCAAGUAAUCAUGCACUUAGAAUUUUAUGGUUUGCCACUGUGUUACAACACCUUUUCUUUUAACAACAUUCAAUAAACGUUUGGGAAGUGAGGACACUAAUUGUUGAAGCUUUUGUAGGUGGAAUUCUUUCCCAUUCUUGCUUGAUGUACAGCUUCAGCUGUUCAACAGUCCGGGGUCUCCGUUGUCAUAUUUUACGCUUCAUAAUGUGCCACACAUUUUCAAUGGGAGACAGGUCUGGACUGCAGGCAAGCCAGCCUAGUACCUGCACUCUUUUACGACGAAGCCACGCUAUUGUAAGACAUGAAGAAUGUGGUUUGGCAUUGUCUUGCUGAAAUAAGCAGGGGCGUCCAUGAAAAAGACGUUGCUUGGAUGGCAGCAUAUGUUUCUCCAAAACCUGUAUGUACCUUUCCGCUCCUCAUAUUUCCAGCUGCGUAAACGCUAAUGAGCAGUUAAUGCUUGAAAUACAACCCUGACACAAUCUAUGAAAUGACAGUUGACCAUGCAGCGAUGCUCCAAUAAAUCCUCUUGAAUUGCUCGACGUUACUAUGGUACGUACUGUGUAGCUGUUAGCUAAUAAGCUAAUUAGGCGCUCGGACCUUUUGCUAGCUCAUCGAAUCGAAACAGUUCUUGCCCAGUGUGUCUGUAAUGAUAUGAAAUGUCUCCGUGAAGUAUCUUAUGCCAAGAUAGGGCGUGUUCAUACGUGGUGUUUUGUUUGUUUGUUUGUUUGUUUGUUUUUUAAGUGCAUGGGACAGAAGAAGUUCACAUGCCCUGCAAAAACUCAAAAUCUUACCAAGAAUAUUUUAUUUCUAAUCAGAACUAAUUAAGAUUAGGCACAUCACGUAAAAAGUAAACCGGCUUCAUUUUGUCAUGCGGAUUCUAUUGAAGUCAUUUCUUGGUAGAACAGGUCUGUAGGUAAUCAUGCUUGGGUGUGGUCAAAAAAGAUGAACUCAUCUUUCAAAAAAUGUGAUUAGCCACAGUUAAUUCUUGAUUUAACGAGGUGGGCAAUUACUUUUUCACAUAGGGCUAGAUAGAUUUGAAUAUGCAGGACUCAGCAGGUGAGGCUGGGGGAGGCCACCUCAUUCACACGCAGCAUCAGCACUGAGGCACCCCAAGGUUGUGUCCUCUCUCCGCUGCCCUUCUCUCUCUACACGAACGACUGCACCUCGACGCACCCGGCUGUCAAACUCCUGAAGUUUGCAGAUGACACCACUGUCAUCUGCCUCAUCAAAGACGGUAACGAGUCUGCAUAUCGACAGGAAGCGGAGCGGCCAGAGCUGCGGUGCGGCCGACACAACCUGGAGUUGAAUACGCUCAAGACUGGAGAGAUGAUCGUGGACUUCAGGAGGUAUCCUUCCCCACAGCUUCCCCUCACACUGUCCAGCUGCCUUGUGUCAACCGUCGAGACCUUCAACUUCCUGGGAAUUACAGUCUCUCAGGACCAGAAGUGGGCGAUCAACAUCAACUCCGUCCUCAAAAAGGCCCAACAGAGGAUGUACUUCCUGCAGCUGUACGUCUGAGGAACCACGGGAGCUGCUGAGGCGGUUCUACAUGGCGGUCAUCGAAUCGGUCCUGUGUUCUUCCAUCACAGUCUGGUUUGGUGCUGCUACAAAAAAGGACAAACUCCGACUGCAACGGACAAUAAAAACUGCUGAAAGGAUUGUCGAGGGACACGGUCGAACGCCUUCUCCAAGUCCACAAAACACAGGUAGACUGGUUGGGCGAACUCCCAUGCACCCUCGAGGACCCUGCCAAGAGUGUAGAGCUGGUCCAAUGUUCUACGGCCAGGACGAAAACUACACUGCUCCUCCUGAAUCUGAGAAGUCAACUUCCCGACGAACACUCCUCUCCAGCACCCCUGAAUAGACCUUACCAAGGAGGCUGAGGAGUGUGAUCCCCCUGUAGUUGGAACACACCCUCCGGUCCCCCUUCUUAAAAAGGGGGACCACCACCCCAGUCUGCCAAUCCAGAGGCACUGUCCCUGAUGUCCAUGUGAUGUUGCAGAGGCGUGUUAACCAGGACAGCCCUACAACAUCUCGAGCCUUGAGGAACUCCGGGCAAAUUUCAUCCACCCCGGGGCCCUGCGGAGAAGCUUUUUAACCACCUCGGUGACCUCAACCCCUGAGAUAGGAUAGCCCGCCUCAGAGAACCCAGGCUCUGCUCCCUCAUGGGAAGGCGUGUUGAUGGAAUUGAGUAGGUCUUGGAAGUAUUCUCCCCACCGGCUCACAACGUCCCGAGUCAAGGUCGGCAGUGCCCCAACUCCACUAUAUACAGUGUUGAUGGUGCACUGCUCCCCCCUCCUGAGACGCCGGAUGGUGGACUAGAAUUUCCUCGAAUUUCCAUGGCCUUACCGAACUCCUCCAUGCCCGAGUUUUUGCUUCAGCGACCACCAAAACUGCAUUCCGCUUGGCCAGCCGGUACCCAUCAGCUGCCUCAGGAGUCCCACAGGCCAAAAAGGUCCGAUAGGACUCCUUCUUCAGCUUGACGGCAUCCCUCACUGUUGGUGUCCACCAACGGGUUCGGGGAUUGCCGCCACGACGGGCACCAACCACCUUACGGCCACAGCUCCGGUCGGCCGCCUAAGCAAUGGAGGCGCGGAACAUGGUCCACUUGGACUCGAUGUCCCCCGCCUCCACUGGAACAUGAGCAAAGUUCUGUCGGAGGUGGGAGUUGAAUCUCCUUCUGACAGGGGAUUCCGUCAGACUUUCCCAGCAGACCCUCACAAUACGUUUGGGCCUGCCACGUCGGACCGGCAUCUUCCCCCACCAUCGGAGCCAACUCACCACCAGGUGGUGAUCAGUUGACAGCUCCGCCCCUCUCUUCACCCCAGUGUCCAAGACAUGCGGCCGCAAGUCCGAUGACACGACCACAAAGUCGAUCAUCGAACUGCAACCUAGGGUGUCCUGGUGCCAAGUGCACGUGUGGACACCCUUAUGCUUGAACAUGGUGUUCGUUCUGGACAAGCCGUGAGCACAGAAGUCCAAUAACAGAACACCGCUCGGGUUCUGAUCGGGGGGUCGUUCCUCCAAAUCACGCCCUUCCAGCUCUCACUGUCAUUGCCCACGUGAGCAUUGAAGUCCCCCAGCAGAACGAUGGAAUCCCCAGUGGGAGCGCUCUUCAGCACCCCCUCCAAGGACUCCAAAAAGGGUGGGUACUCUGAACUGCUGUUUGGUGCAUAGGCACAAACAACAGUCAGGACCCGUCCCCCCACCCGAAGGCGGAGGGCGGCAUCCACCGGGGUGAAACCCAACGUACAGGCCGGGGAGCAAUAAGUAACUCCAGAGUGGAAGAGAGUCCAACCCCUCUCGAGAGGACUGGUACCAGAGCCCAAGCUGUGUGUGGAGGCGAAUCCGACUAUAUCUAGUCGGAACUUCUCGACCUCACACAACAGCUCGGACUCCUUCCCUGCCAGAGAGGUGACAUUCCACGUCCCUAGAACCAGCUUCUGUAGCUGGGGAUCGGAUCGCCAAGGUCCCCGCCUUCGGCCACCGCCGAGCUCGCACUGCUCGCACUGCUCGCACUAUGGGGAUAAAGCCCCAGACAACUUAGCUCCUAGGAUCAUUGGGACACACAAACCCCUCCACCACGAUAAGGUGACGGCUCAAGGAGGGGCAACUAGCAUGUUUCAUUUAAAUUAUUCUAUUGAAACUUAUUCUGUUGCUUUAUAGAUCAAAAGUAGAGUGCUGGCAUGCUGCUCCAAAUCUUUUAAAUGUACAUGAAUGCUACAUAUUGUAUGUAUGUCGCAUGGGUGUCAAACUCAAGGCCCGGGGGGCCAGAUGUGGCUCGCCACAUCAUUUUAUGCAGCUGAUUGUAUGAGUGUAUGAUUUCCCAGUCAUGAAGGCCUUAGGGAAAGCAUAACUAUAGUGUGGCUAACAACAAAAAUUAGUUUGACACGCCUAGUAUGGGUAAGACCAGGGAUGACCAAGUAUGUCCCCCUGGACCACAAAUGGCUUGCUCUGUUUGUUUUUCUUUUUUUUGUUUUGUUUUUAAAUGCAGCCCACUGAGCGUUUACAUCAUCAAGAGUGAGUGUACGAGGAGAGUCCUGGAAUUUGUCUGACACACUUGUUGUUGCACACCAUUCUGGAUAUGAAAAACAACUUUGUAACAAUUUUUCAACAACAACCAUUUUUACAUGAAGGAUAUUGAAAGGUGCACAUGCACACACAUACAUACUGUAGUUUCUCACAGUUACUCACGCUGUUACUCGCACUUGCACUUUCUUCGAGUUACUCCAUCCCACUCAGGUACUCACAG